ACAGAACAACGAAUCAUUGAAAGUGGGGUUUUCAUCAAAACAAAAUUGAUUGAUUGUAAACAAAACUUGAUUUCAUUCAUAUAAACAUAUCUCAUAUUGCUUCCAUCUUUCCUUAUUCCCAAAUCUCCUUACAAAAGUUUUGAUUGCUGAACAAUGGUUAAGGACACAGAAUAUUACGACAUCUUGGGAGUUGCUACUGAUGCAUCAGCAUUGGAUAUCAAAAAGGCGUACUAUGUCAAAGCAAGGAAAGUUCACCCUGAUAAAAAUCCUGGAGAUCCGAAAGCUGCCCAUAAUUUUCAGGUCCUUGGAGAGGCUUAUCAGGUUCUAAGUGAUCCUGAGAAGCGUGAAGCAUAUGACAAAAAUGGAAAAGCAGGAGUACAGGAUGACUCAAUGGUGGAUCCUGCAACUGUUUUUGGCAUGCUUUUUGGAAGCGAUUUGUUUGAGGAUUAUAUUGGACAACUUUAUAUGGCUUCCAUACAGUCGGUUGAACUUGAAGAAGAGGGACAGGUCCCUGAAAUUCGUAAAAUGAAAGUGCAAGAGAGGAUGAGGGAAAUUCAAAAGGAGAGGGAAACCAAGCUCAUAACAAAUCUGAAAAAUCGUCUUCGACCAUUUGUUGAAGGUCAGACAUCUGAAUUUGUAGACUGGGCAACAACAGAAGCUCGCCAGCUCUCAGAAGCAGCUUUUGGAGAGGCUAUGCUACAUACAAUUGGAUACAUUUACACAAGGCAAGCUGCAAGAGAACUUGGAAAGGAUAAACGCUAUAUGAAGGUCCCAUUUAUUGCAGAAUGGGUAAGGGACAAGGGACACCAGGUGAAAUCACAAGUUUCAGCUGCUUCAGGUGCCGUAUCUUUAAUACAAAUUCAGGAGGAGCUGAAGAAGUUGAAUGAUUCAGAAGCCAAGGAAGAGCAGAUAAUGAAAGCUAUUGAAGAAAAAAAAGACCAAAUGGUCAACUCCCUAUGGCAAAUCAAUGUUGUAGAUAUUGAGACAACCUUAUCUCGUGUCUGCCAAGCGGUGCUCAAAGAUCCAACGGUUUCAAAAGAGGAACUCAAGCAACGUGCUAUGGGAAUGAAGAAGCUUGGAACGAUAUUUCAAGGUGCCAAGUCUAAUUACCGCAGAGAUAACAGUUUGCGCCAAGAAGGCACAGAUGUCAAUGCUGCUUCUUCAUCCAAGUAACCUGGUCACCGGUUUCAUGUUAUCGAGUAUGCAAUAUCCAUUUGUCAAUUAUUUUAGUGAAUUGCUGUAUGCAUUUAUAAUUAGUUUAUAUGGUCUGUAUUAUUCUUGCGCUGGCAAACUUUAGUAUAUAGUAUUGCUACAGUGCUACUUGCUCAAUAUGUAACAUGAACCCAGUUUGAGGGUAAUAGUAUUACUUGUGAACUUGGUACAA